CUCUUAUCACUAAGGCGGAAAAAAUAAAAACCAGUUCAUAAUCUUCUUCUUCCCCCUUAGUUCCCCUGCGGAAUUAUCAUCAACAAUGCUCUCUCUAACGGACUCUAUUCGAAUUUCUUCACCUUUAAGUGACACUCGUCUUACCUUUCUUUCUCAAAGCUGUAGCACUAACCGUCGCCAACUUACACUUGUUCGGAGCCGCCAGCCUCGAGUUUCGUGCCCGCAGAGGAACAACAUAUGUAGCUGUUCAGCAACCGACCAACCGCCACCGCAACCGCAAAGAUGGAAGCAUCGCUCGGGGAAAUCGGAUGAAGAGAAAGGAAUUGACCCUGUUGGGUUUCUUAGCAAAUAUGGCAUUACUCAUAAAGGUUUUGCUCAGUUUCUUCGUGAAAGAUAUAAAUCAUUGAAGGACUUGAAGGAUGAAAUAUUGACUCGUCACUUCAGUCUCAAGGAGAUGUCUUCUGGGUAUGAAUUACUGGGUAUGCAUCGCAACAUGCAGCAUCGAGUUGAUUUCUUGGAGUGGGCUCCAGGUGCUCGCUACUGUGCUCUGAUUGGUGAUUUUAAUCGGUGGUCAACAACUGAUAAUUGUGCCAGGGAGGGUCAUUUUGGUCAUGACGAUUAUGGUUAUUGGUUUAUUAUUCUUGAAGAUAAAUUGCGUCAAGGAGAAGAACCUGAUAAAUUGUAUUUUCAACAGUACAAUUACGUGGAUGACUAUGACAAAGGUGACACUGGUAUUGCCGUCGAGGAAAUCUUUAAAAAAGCAAAUAAUGAGUAUUGGGAACCUGGAGAAGAUCGCUUCAUUAAAUCACGUUAUGAGGUGGCAGCAAAGUUAUAUGAGGAAAUGUUUGGCCCAAAUGGACCUCAAACAGAAGAGGAACUAGAAGAAAUGCCUGAUGCAGCCACACGAUACAAAGCUUGGAAAGAGCAACAAAAAACUGAUCCAGCAAGUAAUUUGCCAUCGUAUGAUGUGAUAGAUAAUGGAAAAGAAUAUGAUAUUUUCAAUAUUAUAGGUGAUCAUGAAUCAUUUAAGAAAUUUCGUGCGAAGCAGCCUCCUAUUGCUUACUGGUUGGAAACUAAAAAGGGAAGGAAAGGUUGGUUACAGAAAUAUAUGCCUGCUUUACCUCAUGGAAGCAAAUACAGGUUGUAUUUUAACACACCAAAUGGGCCUCUUGAACGAGUUCCUGCAUGGGCUACUUUUGUCAUUCCAGAGCAAGCAUUGGCAGUCCACUGGGAACCAUCUCCUGAGUAUGCUUAUACGUGGAAACACAAGCAGCCAGUCAAGCCUAAGUCCUUGCGCAUAUAUGAAUGUCAUGUUGGUAUUUCUGGUCAGGAACCAAAAGUUUCCUCUUUCAAUGAUUUUAUUAGCAAGGUCCUUCCACAUGUAAAAGAAGCUGGAUACAAUGCAAUACAAAUAAUAGGAGUUGUUGAGCACAAGGAUUAUUUCACAGUUGGAUAUAGAGUGACCAACUUUUAUGCUGUUAGUAGCCGUUAUGGCACACCGGAUGACUUCAAGCGCUUGGUUGAUGAAGCACAUGGGCUUGGACUGCUUGUCUUUUUGGAGAUUGUGCACUCUUAUGCAGCAGCAGAUGAAAUGGUUGGGUUAUCUCUUUUUGAUGGAACAAAUGAUUGCUAUUUCCACACUGGUAAACGUGGACACCACAAAUUCUGGGGCACACGGAUGUUCAAAUAUGGCGAUCCUGAUGUUCUGCACUUUCUUCUUUCAAAUCUGAACUGGUGGGUGGAGGAGUAUCAUGUCGAUGGCUUCCAUUUUCAUUCGCUCUCAUCCAUGUUGUAUACGCAUAAUGGAUUCGCUUCAUUUACUGGUGACAUGGAUGAGUACUGCAACCAAUAUGUUGACAAGGAAGCCUUAUUGUACCUCAUAUUAGCAAAUGAAAUCUUGCAUGCUCUUCAUCCUAAUGUGAUCACAAUUGCGGAGGAUGCAACACUGUAUCCUGGACUCUGCGACCCAACUUCUCAAGGUGGACUGGGCUUUGAUUAUUUUGCCAAUCUUUCUGCCUCAGAGAUGUGGCUUGCAUUACUUGAAAAUACUCCUGAUCAUGAAUGGUGCAUGAGUAAGAUUGUUAGCACAUUAGUGGGCGACAGACAAAAUACCGAUAAGAUGCUUUUGUAUGCAGAAAAUCACAACCAGUCCAUUUCUGGAGGUCGUUCCUUUGCAGAAAUACUGAUUGGUAACUCCUCGGGGAAAUCUUCUCUAUCACAAGAGUCAGUGCUUAGGGGCUGCUCGUUACAUAAGAUGAUCAGAUUAAUUACAUCUACAAUUGGUGGUCAUGCAUACCUCAACUUCAUGGGCAAUGAAUUUGGUCACCCAAAGAGAGUUGAGUUUCCAAUGUCAAGCAACAAUUUCUCGUUUUCACUAGCUAACCGUCGCUGGGAUUUAUUGGAAGAUGAUAUACAUGAUCAAUUGUUCUCAUUUGAUAAGGAUAUGAUGGACUUGGAUAAAAAUGGGAGAAUUAUGUCCAGAGGUCUUGCCAACAUUCACCAUGUCAAUGAUACUACUAUGGUGAUUUCUUACUUGAGAGGUCCCAAUCUCUUUGUGUUCAACUUUCAUCCUGUCAAUUCAUAUGAAACAUACAUUAUAGGUGUGGAAGAAGCUGGAGAGUAUCAAGUCGCAAUAAAUACAGAUGAAAAGAAGUACGGCGGUAGUGGACUGCUUGGCCAUGAUCAGAAUGUUCAAAGAACCAUUAGUAGAAGAGCUGAUGGAAUGAGAUUUUGCUUGGAAGUACCUCUACCGAGUAGAAGUGCUCAGGUCUACAAGUUGACCCGAAUUCUAAGAGCAUGAUCACUCUAGCAGUCAAAGUGCCUCAUAUUACAACACAAAGGAAAGGUUCUGAUUUGCCCCUUUGUACUGAUCAAUACUGUGGCUUUUCCGAGGUGAGUUUAUGUGAUUCUUAAGGACAGGCUGUUGGUUAGUCAGUUGUCAUGAACUUUUGCCUUCAGCAUUUGGAUAAGUCGCUGCUUCUGUGCAAUGGGGCAUGGACGGAAAAAAUUGGCUUGCCAUGGGGGUCAAAAGCAUCUGCCAGAUAAAGAUUUCACGGGCCUCGAGUAGAACCCUCACUCGGUUUAGGAUACACAAACAAAUUAACGUGGUGUGAACAGGCUCGGACACCUUUGAAGUUGCCAGUGUGUAUAGGAGAUCAUUCAAAUCGAUGAGUCAUAUUUUGUGAACAUUGUGGUAUCAAGUCAUUGAUUCGAGAUAUACAAACACCUCUUAAGGAAAUGGUACAUCUUGGGUUCUACAUCGGAAUCAAACCAUCUCAUGUGACAUCUCUUAUUUUGUCAUAUAUUUGUGCUACUUCAACUUAUUUCAAAUGUAACCAUUUCUGAUAAUGUCCAGUCUUGUAUAAUCACACAUUUAUCUUGUAGAUAUUCAUUUUAUAGAUGUAUUUGGCCUCUAACAGUCAACUCUUGUAUACCAUGGCUGGUCUCAAAGCAGUUUAAUUUAAUUUUACGUAUUACA